AGAACGUGGCGUGGGGUCGGAAAGGUUUCAGUAAAAGAAAAACACGAGUACGCUACAGCUGAAGCCAUAGCCUUGGCGUUUAGCGCAGGCAAAGGUUAGUGGAAAACCUAGCGGCAGCGGCGGCGGUGAAGGAGGAGGAGCGGCAGCUUCCACUUUAUUUGUUGCUUUUUUCAGGCGGGAAUAACAGAGAGAGAGAGAGAGAGGCUUGCUCUGUCUCGGGUUCUUCUUCACAACGCACGAUGGCAGAUGGUCACGAGACCGAUAAAAACAUCGAGAUUUGGAAAAUAAAAAAGCUAAUCAAGGCGUUGGAAUCUGCCAGGGGUAAUGGGACCAGCAUGAUUUCUCUUAUCAUGCCUCCUCGUGAUCAAAUAUCCCGUGUCACGAAGAUGUUGGGUGAUGAAUUUGGAACUGCAUCAAACAUCAAAAGCAGGGUCAACCGUCAGUCUGUGUUGGCUGCCAUUACUUCUGCUCAACAGAGGCUGAAACUCUAUAAUAAGGUUCCCCCCAAUGGGCUGGUGCUGUAUACUGGGACAAUUGUUACUGAAGAUGGCAAGGAAAAGAAGGUGACAAUUGACUUUGAGCCUUUCAAACCUAUAAAUGCAUCAUUAUACCUUUGUGAUAACAAGUUUCAUACUGAAGCUUUGAAUGAGCUUUUAGAGUCUGAUGACAAGUUUGGGUUUAUAGUCAUGGAUGGGAAUGGCACAUUAUUUGGUACGUUAAGUGGAAACACAAGAGAGGUGCUUCAUAAAUUCACUGUUGACCUACCAAAGAAGCAUGGAAGAGGAGGACAGUCAGCUCUGCGAUUUGCUCGUCUGAGAAUGGAGAAACGGCACAACUAUGUGAGAAAAACUGCAGAACUUGCUACACAGUUCUUUAUUAAUCCUGCUACCAGUCAGCCCAAUGUUGCCGGACUAAUUCUGGCUGGUUCAGCUGACUUCAAGACUGAGUUGAGCCAGUCUGACAUGUUUGAUCCUCGUUUGCAAGCCAAGAUUUUGAAUGUUGUUGAUGUGUCUUACGGGGGUGAAAACGGUUUUAAUCAAGCUAUUGAGUUGUCAGCUGAAAUCCUGUCAAAUGUAAAGUUCAUACAAGAAAAGCGAUUAAUUGGAAAAUACUUUGAGGAGAUAAGCCAGGAUACUGGAAAGUAUGUGUUUGGCGUAGAUGAUACAUUGAAGGCUCUGGAAAUGGGUGCUGUAGAAAUCCUUAUUGUGUGGGAAAAUCUAGACAUCAAUAGAUAUGUACUAAAAAAUAGUUCAACUGGAGAAAUUGUCAUAAAACACCUGAACAAGGAGCAGGAGGCUGACCAGAGCAAUUUCCGUGAUCCUGCCACCUCUGCAGAGUUGGAAGUUCAGGAAAAAAUGCCCUUACUUGAGUGGUUCGCCAAUGAGUACAAGCGCUUUGGUUGCUCUCUUGAGUUUGUUACAAACAAAUCCCAAGAGGGGUCACAGUUUUGCAGAGGGUUUGGUGGUAUUGGAGGUAUCCUCCGCUACCAGCUUGACAUAAGAUCAUUUGAUGAGGUAUCCGAUGAUGGAGAAGUUUAUGAUGAUUCUGAUUAGAAAGCACUGCUCAAAGCAGGCAUGUAAAAAAUGGUGUGAGAGAGCCUGUACUGCCCAGAUGUAAUGUUUCUUUCUUGCUACUUUCACCUUUUGAUUCCAAAAAUAAUCUGGGACACUCUUGGUUUGGGUUUUACCUAUUUAGGCUGUCUGUGAAAUUGGAUUGAGGGUGUUUCUAUUGAGGAACUACUUAUUGUUUUACUUGUUUGAUCUUGCA